AUGGAUUCACCACAAAUCACAAAGCUCUUCCGACAGCUGUUCAGCCAUAGGGCAUGCGCAUCAUGCUCGACAAGGCCGCGCGCUAUGACAAGCGGCUGCUGGUCGCAGCGCCGGAGGUUGUCGAGCUCCCCAAGAAGCUACGAUGAAGCUAGCCGCAGCGAGAGCUCAUGGCAGCAAAGAACAGAUGUCUUUCCGCAGGACAAGUCGGAAGAGUUCAGAAGAUACCCGCUCGUCACCGCCAAUGAUCUCAGGACAAGGAGGGAGAGGCCGAGACGGGUGAAGAUGCUGAUGCGGGAUUUCAUUGAAGACAGCCUCUACAACCCUAAUUACGGCUACUUUGCGAAACAAGUAGUCAUCUUCACGCCCGGGGAUCCAUUCGAUUUCAACAACAUCCGAGACGAGCCCGAAUUCCACAGGAUCCUCGGCCAGCGGUAUUCUGCGUUCGAAGACGCCCUUGACGAGAAGGAGUACAACGAAGCUCGGCAGUUAUGGCACACGCCGACGGAGCUUUUUAGACCUUACUAUGGCGAAGCAAUUGCGCGGUAUCUGAUUACCAACUACAAGCUCUCGCUAUACCCUUAUCACGAUCUCAUAAUCUACGAGAUGGGCGCGGGCAACGGGACGCUGAUGGUCAAUAUACUGGACUGCAUCCGAGACAUGGAUCCCGAUGUGUACGCGCGAACCCAAUUCAAGGUCAUUGAGAUCUCGUCGUCUCUCGCCACUCUCCAGACCCAGCAACUCAAGCGCUCAGCCAGCGCGCGGGGCCACACAGACAAGGUGGAGAUCAUCAACCGCUCCGUCUUCGAUUGGAACACCUAUGUCUCCUCACCCUGUUUCUUCCUGGCGCUGGAAGUCUUCGACAACUUUGCCCACGACGUGCUGCGCUACGACCCGGUCACAGAGCAGCCUCUCCAAGGCAGCGUCCUCGUUGACGCACAAGGCGACUUCUACGAGUUCUACUCACAGACCAUCGACCCCGUCGCUGCGCGCUUCUUACGAGUGCGAGAUGCUGCCUGCUCCGCCCCUUAUAACCAUCCUUUGCGAGGACCGCGACUUUUGCGCGCCUUGCGCUCGCGCAUGCCCUAUGCUUCUAACCUGAGCAUACCCGAGUACAUACCCACGCGGCUGAUGCAGUUCUUCGACAUUCUACAUAAUUAUUUCCCCGCACAUAAGCUCGUGACGAGCGAUUUCCACAGCCUGCCGGACACGAUUAGGGGCAUUAACGCGCCGGUGGUGCAGACGCGGUAUCAGCGGCGGACGGUGCCCGUUACUACACCUUUGGUCCAACAGGGCUACUUCGACAUACUAUUUCCGACAGAUUUCGGCGUCAUGGAAGACAUAUACCGGGCAAUUACCGGCAAGUUAACGAGGGUGCUCACGCAUGAGGAUUUUUUGAGGAGAUGGGCUUAUGUGGAAGACACCCAGACAAAAAAUGGGGAGAACCCGAUGCUGAGCUGGUACAAGAACGCCUCUGUGAUGACGACUGUAUAA